UCACUAUAUUGUCAACUCCAAAAAGUACCUGGAUUAAUAUAAUAUACUCAAAACCCUAGUACACAGUACACUUGUGCAUUUGGAUUUUAAAAUGGAUUCAUCAUUGCCCAAGUACACAGGUGUCAGGUUGAGGAAGUGGGGUAAAUGGGUGGCCGAGAUUCGCCUCCCUAACAGCCGCGAGAGGAUCUGGCUCGGCUCCUUCGACACUGCUGAGAAGGCCGCGCGUGCUUUCGAUGCGGCUCUUUACUGCCUCCGUGGCCCUGGUGCACGUUUCAACUUCCCUGAUAAUCCUCCGAAUAUUCCCGGGGGACGUUCUCUGACGCCGCAGCAGAUUCAGGUGGCAGCUAGCCGUUUCGCCUGCGAGGAACCACCGUUACCACCGCAGCAACAACAACAACAACAACCAACGUCGCCACAUGGCGAUAAGAUGGAGGAAGGAGGAGUUAUUUCAGCACGUGGGGAAACUAGUGGUGGUAGUGGCGGGCCUACGUUAGGACCAAUUGAGGAAAAUAGUAACAACCACGAGGAUAUUUGCAUUAGCAAUACUAAUAACAAUGAUACGUCGGCGUAUUGGCCUUUUCUGUGGGAAGAGAAUCUUGUGGUUCCUACAAUGUCGCAAGAGUUUGGUACUUAUUUCAUGGACGAUGAUUCGACCAAUUUGUAUUUCCCGUCGACACAACAUGAUCUCUCAUCUGAUUUUUACUACGAUGAUGGAGCAUCUGUUGCUGAAGAUGAUUUCUCUCAUUACAGUAUCAACCUUUGGAAUUUCUGAGAUCCGACUUUUUAUCGGUGAUCUUGGACCAUAUAUUCCAUCGUUAUUCAAGGUAAAUCAUUAAGGUUAUCGCCUCUUCUGGUUCAUCCUUUUAUUUUAUUUUUUAAAUAUCAGUUUGCCUCGCAUGUUAUUUGGUUUAUGUCUAUGUGCUCUGUAUUACAUAGCACAUUACUUCCACUUUAGUUUUCUUUCCAGGAUUGGUUUGAUUUAUUUGUACAAGCCAAUCUUGACCCCUAUUGUUUGGUCAUAUAUGGUUUCCAAAGUUUAUACAAUAAGGUUCGUUGCAUAUGUAUUUCUAUAAGUGCUAAUGUUUUGUUGGG